GAGUUUGUCAACCAGGACCUGACUUCAGGUAAAGUGGACUGACAACGGCUAGAAUGGCAAAUCGCGCAGUGGGGCCGCGCAACUAUUGCCAACGCCUCAGUUAUAUGUACCUCAAAUUCACGCUGGUCGCGUACGCCACCUUCUUCUGGAUAAUAGGAGGAUUGAUCCUGUGCAUUGGGAUAUAUGCAGAGGUUGAAAGACAAAAGUACAAAACAUUGCAAGGUGUCUUUCUGGCUCCGGCUGUAAUCCUGAUUGUCCUCGGAAUUCUGAUGUUUGUGGUUUCCUUCAUCGGUGUUCUAGCAUCUCUCCGGGAUAACUUGUGUCUUCUUAAUGUGUUUCUCUGCACACUUGCAAUUGGAUUGAUACUUGAAUUGAUUGGUGGAAUCGUAGCAUUGAUCUUCAGGAAUCAGACAUUAGACCUCAUGAAUGAAAACAUCCGCCGAGGAAUUGAACAUUAUUAUGAUGACCUGGAUUUCAAGAACAUAAUGGAUUUUGUCCAACAGGAGUUUAAAUGCUGUGGUGGACAAGAUUUCACAGAUUGGUCAGCAAAUAUGUACCAUAAUUGUGAAGGAACUGGACCAUUGGCUUGUGGUGUACCGUAUUCAUGUUGUGUUCAUAAUAAGAUGGAUGUUGUCAACACAAUGUGCGGAUAUAAAACUCUUAAAAAACAUCGCCUCAGUCUUCUUAGUAUCAUCUAUGUCCGUGGGUGCACAGAUACGGUCCUGAAUUGGUUCUUGGCACACCAUGCGGCUAUGGCUGCUCUCUUGUUGGGUAUAAUAGUACCACAGGUGCUGCCUGACCUGCUGAGUUCCUCCAGCAGGGCUAAAAGAAGGCACGAAGUUACUCUCACAGACAAGUUUUUGGGGGUUCUGUUAACUUGGCUGUACACCACCCGGCUACAGGACAUCAUCUAUGAGCAUGAUAGAAUGGACGUUGGUCUGAUGAGUGGACGGUCUUCUGGACCUCGGAAAGCAGAUGUCAGCACGUCAGGAACAGGAUGCUGUUGGUGCUUACCUAAUCUUGAUACUGUUGCAUAAAACUUUUCAAGGGUUCUGAUAAUCUUAAACCUGAGAGAGACAGAGGGAGAAGGAGAGACUGCAGCAUCAAGUUCCCAAAAACUGUCACAUAGCUCAGGGAUGUAAAGAAAAUCAAUUUUCAAACCUUGCAGCGUAUUUAAUAGUAAUUGAGUCCAGGGAAGAUGAAGAAUAAUUUUCAGAGAUGGUACAUCCACAACUAAAAUUGUUAAGACGUCAUUCAAAUAUUAACAUCUUAGGGUAUAUCAGCAUUUUUGCUGUCUUAAUUGAUACCUUUCUUUAUUUCUUUCUUUCUUUAUUAAUCUUUUUAUUGAUUUAAAAGGAACAUAAAUACAAACAAGAGGAGAAUCAUCUCAAAUAUAUAUAUACUGUAUGAAUAACAAUACAGAGAUUGAAAUAGACAUUAUCAAAAUCAUACAUAGUGUUAAGCUAGUAUAUAAUAUAUAAUAAAAAAAGAAAACAGUGAUUCUCCUCUUAUCAGUUCAUGAAGAGGAAAGAAAAAACUUUGAAUUUUAAAUGAAGAAAAAAAACCACUACACUAUACAAAAAAAAGGGAAAAAAGGGGACUGGGCGGUCCAUUGUGAGGAUACAACCAAAAAAAAAAGAAAGACCUUCUGGUCAAACUUAAAACUUCAAAAAAAAAAAAAUUGGAAGAGUAAUAAAUCAAAUCAAAUGAAAAUAUUGAAUAAAAGGUCACCAGAUUUGCACAAAUUUAAAGGAUGUAUCAAAUGUCUGACUUCUUAUUUUCUCUAAACUUAAACAGGACAUAAUGGAGGAAAGCCAAUAAAAGACAGUAGGUGGAUUAGAAUCCUUCCACUUCAGGAAAAUGGUUCUCCUAGCCAAUAAAGUUGAAAAGGCUAUCAUACGUUGAGCAGAAACAGGAAUAUUUCCUGGUUUCGAUGGGGUAUCCCAAAUAUUGCUGUAAGUAAUUUAAGUUGUAGGUCCAGAUCCAAGACUUAUGAUAAUGCUUUAGAAACAUCUCUCCAAAAAUUGUCUAGUUUUAUACAAGACCAAAACAUAUGAGCUAAAGUGGCCACCUCACUAUCACAUCUGUCACAAAUGGGAUUGAUGUUGGAAAAAAUAUGUGCUAGUUUAUCCUUUGACAUAUGGGCCCGAGGCACUACCUUGAACUGUAUCAAGGAAUGAUGGGCACAAAUAGAUGAGUUAUUAACCAAAUGAAGAAUUUUGCUCCAUUGAUUAUCUGAAAAUGACUCUUGAACUUCCAAUUCCCAAGCACAUUUAAUUUUAUCGUUAGAUAUCACUUGUAAAUUCAAUAUCCAUUUAUAAAUUAUAGCUAUCAACCCUUUUUGAAGUGGUUUAAGCUGAAAGAGAGCAUCCGUCAUAUUAGGUGGAUAAGCAGAAGGGUAACUGGGCAGCAAACCACAUAAAAAAUUCCUAAUUUGUAAAUAUCUAAAGAAAUGUACAUUAGGUAAACCAUAUUUAUCCACUAACUGAGAAAAAGACAUUAAACAGUCACGUAAAAGCAAAUCUGAAAAUGUUGUUAUUCCCUUGGUUUUCCAAAUUAAAAAGGUCUUAUCCAAAAUUGAUGGUUUAAAAGAAAUUUAAAUGGAUAUUACUAGAAAGAACAAAAUUAUUCAACUGAAAAUAUCUACGAAACUGAAACCAAAUUCUUGAAGUAUGUUUAAUAAUAGGAUUAAAGUCUUGUCUACUAAUCUUAGAAAACAAAAAGGGAAGAGGAGCUCCCAGUAAAGAGGCCAAAUCCUUUUUUUUACAAAAUCUUGCUCUUAUUGCUAUAGGCAUCCGUUAGUCUCAUGAGACCAUGGAUUUGCACCUUGGAAGGUUUCCAGGGCGCAGGCCUGGGCAAGGUUGUAUGAAAGACCAGCAGUGGCCCAUGCUGCAAGUCUCCCCUCUCCAUGCCACCGAUGUUGUCCAAGGGAAGGGCAUUAGGACCCAUACAGCUUGGCACUGGUGUCGUCGCAGAGCAAUAUGUGGUUAAGUGCCUUGCUCAAGGACAGACACACUGCCUCAGCCAAGGCUCAAACUAGCGACCUUCAAAUCACUAGACGAACUACUUGGCCACACGCCAACAAUAUUGCUAUGAUGCACUGUAUUGCAUUGGGCGUUCAAAGCCAGCAUUGAGAUUUACUCAUAAUUUGAUGUUAGAACCAGCAUAUUUCCCUAUCAUCCUGUGACUUGGUGUUUGCUGUCCCUCAAUCUUACCUCUUCAGUAGCUUGGUUCACCCCACCCCUCCGUUCCACCACAAGGUGAUUCUAAACAUUUCAGAAAUUAAUACAACAUGAGGAAGAAAUGGCUUCAUUAAAUUUUGGCCAGGAAUGAACUGUAGAUAUGGGCUAUCCUUGGUAUCGAUUAGACUUAUGUUUACAAAGACGGCCAAAUUAUGCCCAUUCCUCCCGUUACAACCAACCUCUAUCCUGCAGUUCUGGAUGUUAGUCCGUAAUACACAUAAUGCUGUGAAGGCUCUGACAGGGAGUCUGUGAUUUUUGUUUUUGGCUUCAAAUUAAUAUGUGUACAAUUAAUUUUUGAAAAAGAAUAAAUGAGUGAUUUUGCAAACACGAUUUUGUAUUGAUCACUAGAAGCACAAAACACAGUU